AUGCCGCACCGAGACGUACAUAAUCCAUUAUUAUUUGAAAUUGCUUGGGAAGUUGCUAAUAAAGUCGGUGGAAUUUAUACCGUCAUCAAAACCAAAGCCCCGGUAACAUGUCAAGAAUACGGUGAUCGAUUCACCCUAAUCGGACCUCUUUCAUACAAAACUGCAGCCGCAGAAGUGGAACCCGAAGAGCCAACCACACCGCAUGUUCGUGAAGUUCUUCAGUGCAUGGCUUCGCAAGGUGUGAGAUACAUGUACGGUCGUUGGUUGAUUGAAGGAGCUCCACGUGUAAUCCUAUUCGAUACACAGUCGGUGAUAGAUAGAAUGGAUGAAUGGAAAGGAGACUUAUGGAAUGUGGCAAAUAUUCCUUCACCUCCAAAUGAUACCGAAACUAACGAAGCCAUCUUGUUUGGUUAUCUGAUCGCUUGGUUCUUGGGAGAAUUUACGCAACGCGAAAGAGACAAGGCUAUUAUUGCCCAUUUCCACGAAUGGUUAUCUGGCGUAGCAAUCCCACUUAUCCGAAAACGUCAUAUUGAUGUCACAACUAUAUUCACAACUCACGCCACCCUCCUCGGUCGAUAUCUUUGCGCUGGCUCUGUCGAUUUCUAUAAUAAUAUUCAAAAUUUCACUGUGGAUGAAGAGGCUGGAAAACGUGGCAUCUACCAUCGAUACUGCGUAGAACGUGCUGCUUCACAUUGUUCUGAUGUGUUCACCACUGUGAGCGAUAUCACUGCAUAUGAAGCAGAACAUUUGCUAAAGAGAAAACCUGAUGGAAUACUUCCAAAUGGAAUCAAUGUCGUAAAAUUCUCUGCAAUGCAUGAAUUCCAGAAUUUACACGCAGUCAAUAAGCAAAAAAUUCAUAACUUUAUUCGUGGUCAUUUCUACGGUUAUUACGACUUCGAUCUCGAUAACACGCUAUAUUUCUUCACGGCUGGUCGUUAUGAAUACAGAAAUAAAGGUGUUGAUAUGUUUAUUGAAUCGUUAGCACGGUUAAAUGACCGUCUAAAGGCUUGCAACUCACCGAUGACUGUGGUUGCGUUUAUAAUUAUGCCUGCUGCCACACAUUCUUUCACGGUUGAAGCUCUAAAAGGUCAAGCUGUCACGAAGAGUCUACAGGAAACAGUCAAAGAUAUAACGGACAAAAUUGGGCAACGUAUAUUUGAGAAGGCUGCUCGAUACACUGGUGGUGACAUUACCGGUGCAGUCAUCGAUCCAUCAGAGUUACUUAGCGCCGAAGAAAAAGUUUUACUGAAACGACGUGUGAUUGCGCUUAAACGGAAUACACUUCCGCCAAUAGUGACACACAAUAUGGCAGACGACAGUAACGAUCCAAUUCUUAAUCAGCUACGUCGCCUUCAUUUAUUUAAUAACCCAUCAGACAGAGUAAAAGUGAUAUUUCAUCCGGAAUUCUUGAACGCCAACAACCCGUUAAUUGGAAUGGACUAUGAUGAUUUCGUACGUGGAUGUCAUUUGGGCGUUUUCCCGAGUUACUAUGAGCCGUGGGGCUAUACCCCGGCUGAAUGUACAGUUAUGGGGUUGCCGUCGAUAACUACUAAUCUAUCAGGUUUCGGUUGUUACAUGGACGAAACUAUCGAAAAUCCAGCAGAUUAUGGUAUUUAUAUUGUCGAUCGUCGAAUGAAAUCCGUCGAGGAAUCGAUUCAACAACUGGCCAACUACAUGUUAACGUUUGCACAAAAAACACGACGUCAACGAAUCAAUCAACGUAAUCGCACUGAACGAUUAUCCGAUCUACUUGAUUGGAAAAUAAUGGGAAUGGAGUACGUACGAGCACGGAAACUUGCUCUUCAUCGUACAUAUCCUGACUCAUUUGCGGGACAUGAUCUUAGCGAUUUACAUAAUUCCAAAGUGAAGCUUCCGAAACCUUUGUCUGCGCCUGGAUCACCGAGAAUUCGUGGUAAUAAUGGUGUGUAUACAAAUACUGAUCAAAUUGCUGAUAGCAUGGCCAAUAUGGGCUUCAAUUUAAACAGUAAUAAUAAUGAAGAUGAUGAUGAGUAUCCGUUCCCGCUACCGAUCAGACGCCGGAUAUAA